GUUCGUCAGAAUCCGCCAACCCUCGACCAUCCAAUCACCCGCGCGAGGAAGAAAACCAACCAUGUUGUCCCUCGCGGCGUUCAUUCUCCUCACUCUCACCCUCACCUGGUACUACCACCAACGCUCGUCAUCGCAGCGACUCCCCCUCCCCCCAGGUCCAACCCUCCUCUCAGCACCAUGGCCCGAGAACGACAUCGCCCGAACCUUCCACUCGUGGAACAAGCGAUACGGACCGGUUGUGAGCGUCAAAAUCGGUUUCCGCACCAUCAUCAUCCUAGGCACGCGCCAAGCAGCCCAGGAUCUCCUCGAGAGACGUGGAACGAUCUACAGCUCCCGUCCGACAUCGAUUUUCAUGGACCGGUACCUUAACAAAGGUCUGAAUCCGGCGUUUAUGCAGUACGGGCCAAACUGGCGACUUCAUCGGCGAUUCUACUCGACCUUGUUAAACAUGAAGGCAUCGCAGACCUACCGUCGACUCCAGGAUAUCGGGAGCAAGGAAUUGGUGCACGAGUUACUCUCCACAAAUGACUUCUCGGAGGUCUUCUACCGAUAUACCUCCGAUGUGAUGUUGAGGCUAGUCUACGGGAAAGGACGGGAUUGGAAUGAUGCGGACCAUCGCCGACUGCAGCAGAUCAACGAGAUGGCAACGUUCAUCCUUCAAAAUGCAUCGUUUCGCACCACACUAUUAGAUUUGUUCCCAGUGCUGGAUAAACUGCCGAUGCAGUUCAUGAAAUGGCGUCAGGAGGCGGCGCAACUUCACGAUAAAACCCGGGAGGUGUAUGUCGAAUGUGCGAAUUCAGCCCUGCAGGAGCAAAGCUGGAAUUGGAUACAAGAGAUCCAAGAGCGUCCGGAAUCGAAAGAUAUCCCGUGGGAGGAUGUGUCUUACUCCUUGGGUGAGUUGUAUGUUGCGGGGAUAUACACCACGAAGAUGGUUCUCGAGACAUUUGUGACCACCUGUGUGGACCACAUGGAUGUGGUGCGCAAAGCCCAGAACGAACUGGACUCGGUGGUUGGAACGGAGAGGUUGCCCAAUUUUGGGGACAUGGAUCGGCUUCUGUUCGUCGGGGCGUUUAUUUCGGAGUUGGUGCGUUGGAAACCCAUCUCUCCGAUUGGAGUUCCGCAUGCGGUCAUUCAGGAUGAUGAGUACCUGGGAUUUCGGAUUCCAAAAGACGCAACAAUUAUUGCGAAUCAGUGGGGUAUCAAUAUGGACGAGGCGGUGUUUGACGCCCCUGAGACCUUUCGACCGGAGAGGUACAUGGAUAAUCCGGAUCGACACUUACCUGGGUUUGGCUUUGGGAGGAGAGCGUGUCCUGGGUAUCAUUUGGCGAAAGCGAGCUUUUUCAUUGUUAUCUCUCGGGUCUUGUGGGCGUAUCACAUUGAGCGGGGGGGGCCGACUGGGGAUGAUGCGAAAGGCGAUUGCGACUCCAGGAGGAUUGUGUUUACUGUUCGCAGUCUGCAGCACCGAGAGGUUAUCGAGAGGGAGAGGAAGAUGUGUGAGAAUGAUGUGAAAGAGAUACUGGAGGAAAUACGCCCUCCGAAGUGCUAAGAUUGCGUGGGGCAUGGCAAAUCGUAUAAGUUCUUAUAUAGCCGUACAUUGAGAUCGCUUGACUACUAGAAUACCUAGAAAUAUGUUCUCCCUUCUG